ACGAUUCUCUUUGACGUUUAAUUAAAUAUUUAUUUUUACAGAGGACCUUCCGAGUAUUUACAAUGUGGUAUAUAUUGAAUAUUGUGUGUACUUUUGUUUUAGUACAGAAAUCUUUUGGACAAGAUGCAAAGACAUCGCCUAAAACUAUUUAUGCUGAGACAACGACAGAAAAAGAAAUAGACCACAUCGAUAUCGCUGAAGAGGAACAAGAAGCAGCAUUGAAUCUGGACUACGGCAUCUACACGACUGUCAAGUUCCGAUACAUAAACAGUCAGUAUGAUAAUUUGAAGAAAAUUGAGAAGUGCACGGAUGAUUAUAUCAAGUGCUUGACUACACAAGGGGUAGCAAUACCAGUGUGUGCCUACAAUUGGAUGGAAGACUAUCCACGCUCUGAUGGGUUCUUUUUGGCAGAUAGCUACUGUGAUAUAUAUUUUGAUAACUGUAGGAGACAAAUCAGGUUUUGGCGUAUCAUCGACUAUGGGACAUGUAAAUACCUCAUGCAAGAUGAUAGGAAGUUAACAAUGCCGCACACAUUACGGAAAUUCUACAAGAUGUCUACCACGUUUUUAUCAAAGAUUGCUAAUUCGGUUUGGGGAAAUAAAGAUUCGUCAAAUGAUGAGCAAUGA